AUGCCUGCAGUGUCCACUGGACCCAAAGAGCUUUAUCUGUCCUCAUCUCUGGGCGAAUUAAACAAGAAGGCAGAGGUGAAACCAGAAAAGAUCACCAACACCAAGAGUUAUGUCCAUAGUGCGUGCAAACUCUUCAAAGCUGCAGAGGAGAGCCGUUUGGACAGAGACGAGGAGAAGGCUUACGUGUUCUAUAUGAAGUAUUUGACAAUUUAUGAUGUUAUUAAAAAAAGACCAGACUUCAAACAACAACAGGAUUUUUAUAUGAAACUGCUUGGACCCAAUAGCAUUAAGAAAGCCAUUGAAGAAGCAGAGAAACUAUCUGAAAAUCUCAAGCUCAGGUAUGAGGAAGUGGAGGUGCGCAGAAAACUCGAGGAGAAAGAACGACUGGAAGAGAAGAAAAGAAAGGAGGAGAUCACUGAGAAAGAGAACAGUCGAUUGUCUCCGAAAACAACAAGCAAAAAGGACAAUAAGAAGGUAAAAGAUGGACACAAUGAAAUAAAGAAUGCAACUCCAAAAGCACCGACGCCUGCCGGAGGAAUCACAGCUGAGAAACUUAUGGCUAUGAUGAAGGACCAGACGAUCACAUUGAUUGUAAUGGACGCGCGACCAUUUAAAGACUUCGAGGAUUCCCACAUCCAGGUCCCAGUUCAGACCUGUAUCAGUGUACCUGAUGAGGCCGUCAGCCCUGGAAUCACCGUGAAUCAGAUUGAAGCGAAGCUGCCAGAGGCGUCUAAGGACCAGCAGGCCACCACUCCUCCCCUGAUCCUUAGUUCCACCCUCUCCCACCGCCCGACAAACCCCUCUCUACCAAACUACCACCCCCCUACGUUCGGCUGUAAAGGGAAGAGCCAGGUCAAACUCAGGACCAACGUGGACUUUUCUACAGACAGCCUGGACCUGAGCCCGUUCCUCUCCAGCUCUGCCUUCAGCUCCAACUACUCCUCCUACAAGCUCUACGCCGUCGUGAACCACAUUGGCCACCUGAACAUGGGACACUACACUGCUCUGUGCUACAACACUGUGACUCAGACCUGGUUCUGUUUCGACGACUCUGAGGUGCGGCCAGUAGAGGGCGUCCUCCUGCAGUCUCCUCACGCAUACAUCCUGUUCUACAGCAGGCAGAGCUUCCUCAAACCACAGAUACCAGGACUAUGA